GACUUUAAAAGUGACUUGUUUCCCACAAAGAUUUACUUCAACUAACGGAGUCCAACUUUCUUCUCCAUGAUGAUGAUGAUGAUGAUGAUGAUGCAGGUGACGUUAUUCGUAGCCGUGCUGGUUCUUGCGGCUUCAGUUCACUCCGACUCCCAGUUUUAUCUGCCCAUCGACUGUGAUGACAUCUAUCGCCAUGACAACACCAGCUCCAGUGGGGUGUUCACCAUCUACCCAGGAGGUCCCACCACGCCGCUGCACGUCCACUGUGACAUGGACACUGACGGGGGCAGAUGGACCGUAUUUCAGAGGAGGAUCGAUGGGACUGAAAACUUCUUCAGGCCCUGGAAGCACUACAAGACUGGAUUUGGGAAUGUGGCAGGAGAAUAUUGGCUUGGCCUGGAGAACAUCUUCCUGCUGACUACGAGGAAGAACAACAUGCUGCGGGUCGACAUGGAGGACUGGGAUGGAGGGAAGGUGUCCGCCGAGUACGCCUCCUUCUCAAUCGAUUCUGAGAACGCUGGUUAUCGACUUUACCUGGGCGACUUCACCGGCGGAGCGGCAGGGGACAGUUUGGCGGAACACAACAACAUGAAGUUCACCACGUUUGACAAAGAUCUGGACGAGUGGGAUAAAAACUGUGCUCAACAUUUCCUCGGAGGAUUCUGGUACGGAAAGUGCCACUCGGCUAACCCGACCGGCAUGUACGCACCUCAUGGUGCCAUCGCAUACGGCAGUGUCACCAACAUCUGGCAAACGUGGAAAGGCACGAACUACUCCCUCAAGACUAUUGCCAUGAAGAUCAGAUCAAUUGAUACGUGUACAUGCACACGUUAACCCUUAUUAUAUGUGGAUUCACUGGAUUAUGUUCAUACUUCAUCCUACAGGUGAGGAGAGUUUUUACCAGAGGAUUUUUUGUAUUUUCAUUUUGUGUUGAUUUUGGCGGUCCCUGUGGACAAAAGUGGAAGUGUUUCCAAGAACCAGAGUCCCUUUAGAAGACCUCUCAUCAGGGUCAGCCCCUCUCAGUUCUGGUUCUGGUUCUCCCGUGCCUCCUUUCCCUAAACGUGCCUACAUGUUGCCCUCUCUCACUAUCACCGCAUGCUUCAGAAAUCAUCAAAGCAGGAUCAACAAAUGUUAAAUGCACUUUAAACAUUCAAGACCGUCUGAGCCAAAGCAUUCCUCAGGUGUUCAGGUUAAUAACAGAGAGGACGCAUUUUAACUAAACACACGGUGUCGCUCUUGGGUUGCACGACCUAAUUUGGCUGUAAGGGAGGGAAAGGUGUGGUUCUCAACAGGUCGGCUGAUUUAAUCUGACACCAGCAAAAAGAGUCAAAACAUAGAAAGAUCAUCCACUUGUGCUGGAUGAAGAAGAGGACAGAAAUAGAUCAAGAUUUUGUUAUAGUAAUUUAAAUAUUUGUGUUUUUAUUAAGGUUUUAGUAUUUUCAAUUAUUAACACAUGACAGCAGCAAAAAACAACAACAACAUAACACAGAAUAAAAAAGUUGUCAUGUCAAAAAUGUAUAUGCAUUAUCAUGUACAAUCAUUCCACGUUUAAACAAUUUUUGUGUUUGGUUCGGCUCCUUGAUUAAUGUAAGGCUUUGCCCUUGUUUGAAUUAAACAACAUUAAACAAAAUGAAA